GCACACAUGCUUAAACUUGCACAGAAACGCACUUAUACAUUUACACUCACUCAUUCAAACACACGUAUGUGAAUCCUCAUAGAGCCCAGGACUUUAAUUAUGGACCAGUGAAGAAGACUUCAGUCAAAGGAAGAGACGACAAACAAGCAAGGAGCAGCAUCAAGGAGGAACUUCAAAAAAGUGGAUUGUUAAAUUGCAACGCUUUGUUAAAGGAGGAGAGAAAAAGAAUAAACACAACUGAAGAUGACAACUGGAGGAACUCUGGCAAAACCGAUUCUGUAGGAAGGAAGGCCCGCUUUCAGCCCAAAGUGGAGAUCGGGUGUGACAUCCAGAGGAUUUGCUGUAAGUGCCGCUUCCCUUCCUUCUCUCCCUCCACAGGGACUUCUCCUGAUCAUCAGCAUGCCUACAGCUUGCACAAGGUGCACCUUGGGAGUCUGACCCACCAUGUGCAGAUGGACGGCGUCCGCAGUUCAUUUCUGUCCUGAAGCUGCCCUCAGCACCACCACUACUGCAGCCUCUGCUGGUCCACAUUUCCCCCUGCCUAGUGCAGCCUCCCUCUGCCUGGCAUGCUUCACCGUGCUCUUGGUCACCGCUGGUACCGUCACGGGGGCCUGUCCUCCUCGAGUAGGGCAUGAACCCCUUCAGGUGCUCGCAAGCGGAAUCAACUGUUCAUGGACACUGGAAAGGCACACGCGCAGUUAUAAUCACUUAGAGGGUGACGUCCGACUUCGGCGACUUUACUCUGCCAACAAGUUCUUCCUCUGCAUUGACAAAACCGGCAAGGUGGACGGCACUCGACGUAAAAACUACGCUGACAGCCUGAUGGAAAUCCGAUCUGUCAGUGUGGGAGUUGUUGCCAUCAAAUCUGUCAGCACCGGGCUGUACUUAGCUAUGUCCAAGAAAGGCACGCUCUUUGGAUCGGUGAAGUACAACCCGAGCUGCAAGUUUAAAGAGCGCAUUGAGGAGAACGGCUACAAUACAUAUGCUUCGCUUCGCUGGAAACACAGCGGCAGGCAAAUGUUUGUUUCGCUGAAUGGGCGUGGUAAACCGAGGCGAGGUCACAAGGCUAGACGAAGACAUCCAUCUACUCAUUUCCUGCCUAUGCUCCCCUCGUAGCGGUCCAAGUCUGAACUCUGACCAACAACUGGAUGGCUCACCUCCUUCCGAGGACUAGUGUUGAUGUGGCUGUGACACAAUGUGUAUUUUUAUUACUCCAUCCUCCUGUCACAUAAAUGUACAUUUGCUGAGGUCUGUAACAUUUGUAGAGGUAGUAUAAUAUCUACUCUUAAGUUAUUUUCUGCAUUUUCUAAUGAUGUUCAGUAAUACAGCAAAAUACAGUAGAACUACGCUACAUUCAGACAUCUAUCUUGCCACCAAACCACCUGUGUUUGUAGCGCACAUGUUUGAGGUGAGAGGACAGAAGGGGAGAUAGUGAGACAGGGGUUUUCAAAUGAUAAAAUUUGGAUUUGUGAAGAAAACACAUCACUAUUAAAAGAGACCCUUAUAAGUCAGUGGGCAGGAUCAAAUUCUACUAUUAAAAACAUCUGCAUAGUAGCUCAGUUCCAGCAGCUUGGCUUCAUUUUGCUGCAUAUUUAGCCUCACAAAAAAGCACAUGUGAAUUUAUCAGUACAUUGCAUCAUGUGCAGGUCAACCUGAAAAACAUU